AUGGCUGAGCUUACGCACUUGAAUGAAGCCUCUGUGGUGUAUAACCUCCAAUUGCGAUACCAGGCCGACUCGAUAUACACAUAUUCGGGCUUGUUCUUGGUGACAGUGAACCCUUAUUGCAUGCUACCCAUAUAUAAUAAUGAGUACAUAGCUAUGUAUAGAAAUCGGUCAAGAGAAGACACCAAGCCUCAUAUAUUUGCUAUUACCGAUGCCGCCUUCAGAAACAUGCUUGAGAUGAAAGAAAAUCAAAGCAUCUUGGUAACGGGAGAAUCUGGGGCUGGAAAAACAGAAAAUACUAAAAAGGUCAUACAGUAUUUGGCUGCGGUUGCCUCCGAUAAUUCAUCAUCACGACAACUAGGAACAUUAGAGCUUCAAAUCCUUAGAGCAAAUCCCAUUCUUGAGGCCUUCGGGAACGCACAAACUCUUCGAAAUAACAAUUCGUCGCGAUUUGGCAAGUUCAUACGAAUCGAAUUCACAAGGUCUGGGCAUAUCGCUGGCGCGUUCAUUGACUGGUAUCUGCUUGAGAAGAGUAGAGUUGUGCGGCAGGGGGAGGAAGAGAGGAACUAUCAUGUUUUCUACCAGCUUUUGAGGGGAGCGAGCAAGCAAAUGAAGGAUAUGUAUUUGUUGGGUGAUGAAGGCAUCGGCGCAUGGAAUUACACCAAAGACAGUAACAAUUCGAUAGCGGGUGUUAAUGACACAGACGAAUUCCGGUCACUGAUGGAAGCUUUCCAGAUAAUGGGUUUCAGUUCCGACGAACAGAUUUCAAUCCUUCGGGUCAUAGCUGCGGUUUUACAUAUUGGAAAUAUUCAUGUUGUCCCAGAGCGCCGUGGCAGCGAAGACGCACGAUUAAUGAAUCCUAGCCAGGUCGAGAAACUAUGCCACGUGCUAGGAAUACCUUUGGAUGGCUUUGUUAAAGGACUACUCAAGCCUAGAGUAAAGGCUGGCAGAGAGUGGGUCAACCAAUCAAGGACAGCUGAGCAAGUGAAACACAGUCUUGAUGCUCUUGCCAAAGGGUUAUAUGAGAGAGGGUUCGGUAGACUUGUUGAAAUGAUCAAUAAUAAGCUUGAUACCAAGGGCGAUAGAGAUAGUUUUAUUGGAGUUUUGGAUAUUGCUGGUUUUGAAAUUUUCGAGUCGAACAGCUUUGAGCAGCUUUGCAUUAAUUAUACUAAUGAAAAACUUCAACAAUUCUUCAAUCACCACAUGUUCGUUUUGGAGCAGGAAGAAUAUGCAAAGGAGAAGAUCGAAUGGAGAUUCAUCGAUUUCGGACACGAUUUGCAGCCAACCAUUGAUCUUAUAGAACUACCCAAUCCUAUCGGUAUCUUUUCCUGUCUUGAUGAAGACUGUGUGAUGCCCAAGGCCACCGACAAGUCCUUCACUGAGAAAUUACACUCGCUCUGGGACCGCAAAACCCCGAAAUACAAGCGAUCUUUACUAAAACAAGGCUUUAUGCUUACCCAUUAUGCCGCCGAAGUUGAAUAUUCUACUGAAGGAUGGUUGGAGAAAAAUAAGGACCCGUUGAAUGAGAACAUCACGAGGCUUUUGGCUGCUUCUCACGAUAGCCAUAUCUCCUCACUCUUCGCUGAAUACGCCGAGGACGCGAGCGAGGCAGGAAACGUGAUUAAGAGUCGUGUGAAGAAGGGGUUAUUCCGCACUGUGGCCCAAAGGCACAAAGAACAGUUGACAAGCUUGAUGGCUCAACUCCAUUCAACCCACCCCCACUUCGUGCGAUGUAUUAUACCUAAUCAUCAGAAGAGACCCAAGAAGUUAAAUGCGCCACUCGUUCUGGAUCAGCUCAGGUGCAAUGGUGUAUUGGAAGGGAUAAGGAUUGCGAGAACGGGAUUCCCGAACAGAUUGCCGUUUGCAGAGUUCCGACAGCGAUAUGAAGUCCUGACACCGAAGAUCCCUAAAGGAUAUGUUGAGGGCCAAAAGGCUUGUCAACUCAUGUUACAACAGCUUAAUCUCGAUAGUUCCUUGUUCCGAGUUGGUUUGACAAAAGUCUUUUUUCGCGCAGGGGUAUUGGCCGAAUUGGAAGAACAGAGAGACACCUUAGUACGAAAGAUAGUGACAACUUUCCAGAGUAUCGCCAGAGGAUAUCUACAGAGAAAGAUCGCAAGUAAAAGGCUAUACCGUGCAGAAGCAACAAUGAUUAUUCAGCGGAAUCUGCAGGUGUACCUCGACCUUUGCGAAAGCCCUUGGUGGAAGCUGUUUAUGAAAAUGAAGCCACUGCUCGGAGCUACUCAUUCCUCCAGCGAGGUCAAGAAAAGGGACGAGAUGAUCCAGAAGAUGGAAGCGCAUAUGCAAGCUGAAGCUGAAAAUCGUCAAAGGCUUGAAGAGGAGAGGAGGAAGGCAGACGCAGAGCUGCACAAAGUUCAAAAGACUCUCGAGAGCGAGAGGGCUCUCGCAUUGGAUAAAGAAGAAAUAUUUAAGAGAAUGCAACAGCGGGAAGCGGAGUUGAGUGAGAAACUUGCUGGUGCUCUUGAUGACCAGGAUGUAUUGGAGGACCAGAUAGACGAAUUGAUGUCAGCGAAGAAGAAGGCGGAUGAGCAAGCGGAAGCCUGGAGGAAGGAGUUGGAGCAAGCGGGGGAUUUGAUUGCAAAGCUCGAAGAUGAGAAGCAUGAAAUGGCGGCAAGAUUAGAGUUUCUAGAUCGUGAGCUUGAAGCAGCCGAAAAACAGAGAGCGGAGAGAGGUGAUGCCGAGGAUAGGCUGGAGCAGGAGGUGCAUUUGCUGAAGAGUCAUCUCGCUCUCAAAGAGCGGAAGAUACAUGACUACGAAGAAGCCCUCAGGAAAUCAGAUCAUGAGCUGGAUGAGAAGCUUUCUCAAACGAAUUUGAGUCUGCAAGAGGGACAGAAACAAAUAAGGGAGUUAGUCGACGAGAAUAGGAAACUUAGGGAUCAACUCUCGGAUCUAUCUUCCACCUCCACCGGAUAUGAGGACCUUGUUCGUCGUAAGGAGAGUGAGCUUUCACUCCUUCAUGCCGACCUCAAGAAGAUGGAACUUGAGCGAAAGGCAUUUGAUGAUGAGAGACGUCAGUUAACGCAGAAGCACGACGACAUAUUAUCGAGACUUCGAAGUGCUACAUCUGAAGUGGAAACCUUGAAACAUGAGACGGCCUGUCUGGAGAAGGAAGCUGCCGAUGCACGUAAACUCCUGGAAGCGAAGAUAUCAGAGGAUCAUAAGUCUGGGCAGGGCCGGCGUCUUCUAGAUGAGCAGAUCAAAGAGAUGAAAGUAGAGCUGUCCAUAUUGCAGACCGAAUUAAACAAAGAGCGCCAAUCUAGGGCCGAUGUUGCACUUCUCAGUGAGCACAAAUUCAACAACCUCAUGCGGGAUCAUGAUGCUAUGAGCACUGCGAAAGUAACCAUUGAAAAAGAACUUUAUUCGCAACAAGACACCCUUCGGCGCGCCCUAGAAGCACGAUCCCAAUCAGAGAAGGAGAAGAGAAACAUCCAGGCCGAGUUGAAGAUUGCGAGAGAUCGCCUUGCGGAGGCUGAAAAUGCUAGGACUCGAGCGGAAUCUGAGAUUGAGAAGAGCCUUUCCCGACAAGCGAAGGAGAAGGAAGCAAGACUAGAAAAGGAUCUUAAGGCCAAAGAAGAAGCACUCUCUAUUUGUGAAGUAGAGCGGAAGCGACUCGCUACUGAGGUUACACGGCUCACCCGAGUUGCUAGUGAACAAGAUUCCGCACGCCAGGCCUACGAGAACUCAAGGAAACGGACCGAAUCCGAGGUUAGUGCGGUGAAGAAUAGGCUCCUGGCCUCCGAAAACGACAACCGCGCGCUACAAAACAAGAUUCAGCAAAAGAACCUCGAGAUCAACAAAGCUAAUGCGAAAGCGAGUGAGCAGUAUCGGGAUAAGAUUGUUUCUUUAACAGCUGAGAAGACUAAAGCCGAUGAAGAAUGUCGGAGGUUGAGGAAGCAAUAUGAGGACGCCCAAAUACAGAUCCGUGCCCUUGAGAAACAGAAGGAGAAGCUUUCACUAAACUUGGAGGAUUUGAACCAUGAAGUUGCACGCGAGCACAAGACAACUAGGAACGCAGAAAAGACCGUCUCAACUGUUCAACUUCAACUCGCCGAGGCUAACAGGACCCUGGAGAUGGAGAGACAAUUGAAGUCACAAGCCCAGGCGAACACACGGCAGAUCCAGAACGCGUUAGCAACUGCUAACUUCGAACUUGAAGACUGCCAUCAACAACUACUCACUCUCCAGAAAGUCUUCAGCCCACAGGGUGAACAGCUUAAGAACUGGGAAUCAGGCAGGACAAGCGUUGCCCAGUCUGUGGAUCUUGCCAUGAAGUUGGAGGAGUCGAAUCAAGCUCUCCGGGUUGCUAAUGAGAGGCGGACUCGUGUCGAGAAAGAGCUUGCAGAGUUAAGAAAGAGGCACCAGGAUGAGAUGGUGGAGAUAGAUAAUAUGCAUUCCUCCUCUAAGCGCGCGCUCUUUGAUGAGAUGAAUCAGAAUCAUCUACCGUCCAAUGGAUCCCCCAGACCCUUCAGAGCACUAAAUAGUAAACCCUAUUCCAACCAGUCAACCCCUACACGGAAGACUCUUAACUUUGCGGCGGAGGGCUUCGAUUCUGGAAAGACCGACAAGACGGUGGAUACAAUGGCGUUCCAAAGGAGAAUGGAUCUUGCCACCGAGCUUGAAGAAGUUCAGAACCAAUUACAGCUCUCAGAAAUGCAAGUCAAGCAUCUACAGGCACAACUAGAUCGAGCAGCAGCAAAAGAGAAUGCUGCCGAGCAGAGCCCAUCUGCUAAACGAGCAGUUAAGUUAGAGCGUGAAAAUAGCCGACUCCACGAUUUGCUUGAUGAAUCAGAUCAGAAGAACUCCGCGCUCGAAGCCUCUAUGAAUCAAAUAGAACUAUCUUUGAAAGAGGUUCAAGCUAAGAGCCAUGAAGAACUAUACGAUUUCAUUAGCACCCAAGAACAAUCGCGCCGCCAUUUGGCGAUGGUUUAUAGCGAAACUGUCUCUGACCUUUCUAGAGCUAAAGACCAGUUCGAGAAGAUCAAGGCAGCUAAAAUCGCAAUCGAAGAUGACCUCCGCGAGACCCAAGCCGAGCUUGACGAUGCUCUAUCGAUUCAACAACAGGAUAAAGUUAGUAGGGCCCAGCUACUCAACGAGUUUGCGGACUUGCAAAUCCGGUUGGACGCGGAGGCUUCCAAGGCUGCCGACCUCACUGCGAGCUUGAAUCUUUACAAGACACGAAGUGAAGAGUACUUCAGCAAACUCGAACAGGCAGAAAUAUCGGUUCUUAAAGCAUCCAGGGCCGAAGCGUUCGCAAAGAGUCAAGCGCGGGAAACAGAGGAGACUGCCGCAUCUGUAUUGGCGGAGAGGAGGCACCUCGAUCAACUAGUGGAAGACCUCCAAAGGCAAAACCAACAUUACGAGGAGAAGGUUGAAGACCUGUCUGCAGAUCUGUCCGCAGCCGUCCAGGCAAAGAAAAGGCUCCAGAACGAGUUGGAUGACUACAGAAACAGAAGAGCUAUCGAUCUAGAGGAUAAAGAGAGCUCUAUGGAGCAAACCAGGAAGAAGUAUCAGACCGAAUUAUCAACACUGACCGGCGAGUUGGAAAUUGAAAGAGAAAACGUUAUCCAGGUCAGGCAAGAAAAUAGAAACCUCCGAGAGGAAGUUGAAGAUCUCCGGGCAAAAUGGGAUGAUGAAGUCCUUAACAGUUCGACAUGGGCAAAGGAGAAAUCUCGCCUCGAGAUUAAGCUUCAAGACCUUUCUCAGUCCCAUGAAGAUGCUGUGGCAGCGCAUAGCGAGGCUCAAACUCGCGUUGUAUCUCUCCUUUCCCAGGUCCGUAGUCUCCGUGCCAACGUCGACGAGGUGGUUGGCGAGCGAGACAUGCUACAAAAGGAGAAGCGCGGUUUGGAGCAGAGAUUGGUUGAAGCUAGUCAGCGGCUUGAGGACCUGGCCAAUAGUGACAGCCCGUCGAUGCGUAAUGCGGCCGGGAUGGAUAGGGAGCUUCUUGAACUUAAGGGCUCUCUUCAACAGCAAGAGGAUAUCGCUUCUGCUGCAGUAGAGAAGAUGCGUCGCGCAGAGGCAUUAGCAGCCGAGACACAGAGAGAUAUCGCUGCCGAAAGAGAGACUAACGUUAGCCUUCACAAGGAAAAGGCCCAACUAGAAAAACUGGCGAAAGACUUGCAAUUGAAGCUUGUGGAUCUAGAGACCAAGAGCUAUUCAAGCACUUCACAUGACAUCAGAUUUCUACACACUAGAGUACAAGAGAAGGAGAGAAACAAGAGCGAGCGCUCGGUACGAAAUGUUGACAGGACAGUUCGGGAUCUGCAAGCGCAAAUCGAGAGAAGAGACAAGGCAAAUGCCCAGCUCGAGGAAGAGAUCAACAAGGGCAAGGAUAAGCUAGGAGGAUUAUUGAAGACGAUCGAGGAUCUCCAAGCUUCCGAUUCCGAGCACCAGUUGACUGCCAGGAGAGCAGAGAGGGAAGCUCGCGAAGAAAGGGAAAAGAGUUUGAGAUUGGAACGCGAGCUUGAGGGAUGGAAGGGGCUGAGACUGGAUAGGAAUCACAACAGCCGAAGCGGAACUCUCGCAGCAUUGAGCCAAGUGGGAGAGGACGAAGCUGAGAGGAAAGGCAAGAGGCACUCAGUUAAUUUCCUGUGA